AUGGGUAGACCAAGAUUGGAUCCUGAUACCAGUCAUUGGACUAGAGGUGGUGUAAGAGGUGGUGUCAGAGGUAGUAGAGGUGGUGCAAGGGGUAGUAGAGGUGGUAGAGGGGGUAACAAAGGUGGUGCAGUGGGUAACACAGGUGAUGUAGUGGCUAACAGAGGUGGUAGGGGUAGUAAGAGAGGUGGUAGGGGUAGUAAAAGAGGUGGUAGGGGCAGUAAGACAUCUGUUGGAAUUGAAGGUGGUGGAGUGGCUGAAGUUGAAGGUGGUGGAGUGGCUGAAGUUGAGGAUGACACUAUUCCUGAAAAAUAUUUAGUCCAUUUAUGGAAGGCAAUGCAAGAUUUGAAACUAUCAGGGUAUUCAACUGAAGAAAUUAAAAAGUCACUUAGUCUGACAGAUUCACAUAUGAAACAACUCAAUGAUUACAAUGACACUAUUGAACAAGUUCUUCCUAUGUCUAUGGAAGAGGAGUAUCCACCUCAGACUGAGACACAAGAUGGGGCUGAAGAAAUUAUCCCUGAGACACAACCAGAAAGUGAGGAAGAAGAAGAAGGCAUUAAUGACACCCAUGAAUUACCAGUACACCUUAGGAUUGUGAAAAAAAGAAGGCCCUCUGAGAGGAUUGUUAAAACCAAGCUGAAGAAGAUGGGAUGUGUUGGGACUUCUUCAAAUUCAGCAUUGAGUUGGAUUAGACUGUUAGGGUGUUAA